AUGUCCUGCUACGACAUCUGCCGCCCCUGCGGACCCACCCCGCUGGCUAACAGCUGCAACGAGCCCUGUGUCAGGCAGUGUGAGGACUCUCACAUCGCCAUCCAGCCACCCACCGUGCUGGUCACCCUGCCAGGACCCAUCCUCAGCUCCUUCCCCCAGAACACCGCCGUUGGAUCCUCCGCAUCAGCUGCCGUGGGCAGCAACCUCAGCUCCCAGGGAGUGCCCAUCUCCGGGGGAUUUGGAGGCUAUGGCCUGGGAGGCUUUGGCUUUGGAGGCCUGGGCUGCUUCUCUGGCAGAAGAGCCUGCUACCCCUGCUAAGGACCCACACCAACACCUGCCAAUUGGCAGCUACCAAUGUCCUGCAAGCCACUUCAGGGACUGAUCUCCAUGCUCUGGGAACAGACCAUGGGAAGAUCUCCAUGCUCCGGGAAAAUCUUCCACACACAAG